AUGGCCGCUUCAAGAGACGACGACAAGUUUUGCUGCUCAAUCUGUCUCGAUCUGUUCAAUUCACCCGUGGGUCUCACCUGCGGCCACACCUUCUGCAAGACGUGCAUAGAGAAUCACUGGGCCACGCAGGGAGAAUUGAUUGGGUUCAGCUGCCCCGAGUGCAGAGCGGUUUUCUUUCGGAAGCCAGAGCUCAGCAAAAAUGUGCUCAUCACCAGCCUGGUGGAGGGUCUCAAGAAGGCGACCAUUGGGCCUCGGGAAGAUGGCGAGAUGCCAUGCGAGUGGCACGGCAAGAGCUUAGAUCUCUAUUGUAGAUUGGACGGAGCGCCGAUCUGCGUCGAGUGCAUGCCUGAGCACGCCGGGCACGAAAUCGUUCGCGUGAAGAUGCAGAGAGGAGGCGCGCCGACGCUGGGCCGACCGAAGCUUCUGGAGGCCAAGAGCGAGAAGACGGCUCUCGAUAUGAAGUUUUUGAAGAUGGAGCUGAGGCUGAAGAGUCUCUCAGACCUCAAGGCUGACCACGAGAGGCAGCUGGCGACGGAGAAGAGGGAGAAGAGAGCGCUGCAGAGGAAGGUCGCAGAGAUGGAGGAGGAACUUAAGGAUCUGGUGGACCUCAAGAACGAUAUGAGGAGGCUGCAGGAUGAGAACGGAGCUCUCAUCCGUGUAAUCUCCCAACUCGCCAAGUGAAAUAAGUGCCAAGGAAACUCCACUCGGCUCAACUCCACUCAACUCAACCAAAGCGCACUCAAACAACUAAACAAAACUUCAUUCAACUCAACCCACCUCAACUAUAUUCAACUCUAUUCACUUCGUUCUAGUCAACUCCAUUCGCCUCAAUCCAACCCAACCCCAUUCAACCCAACUUAACUAAAACCAAAUGUGGCACAUUAGGAAUGGAUCACUCUUUUAAGUAUGUCCUUGUACAGCAAGGGAGUAAAGUGUGGUUCUGUGAAAGUCCUGAUGUGCUGUGCAGUGCAUCAAUGCAUGUGUGUACAGCAGCAUGUGUGUACAGCAGCAUGUGUGUACAGCAGCAUGUGUGUACAGCAGCAUGUGUGUACAGCAGCAUGUGUGUACAGCAGCAUGUGUGUACAGCAGCAUGUAAUGACCGAGUCGGGCCUGUAGGUGGCUGGCAGGGUUAUUGAAUGACCGCGCGGAUAUACCAGUCACAUGGUUAAUGGCGACUCGGGCGCAAUGCUGGUUGUAACACACGUGUUGUUGCAUUUGACAGGUAAAGGACCCAAAGGUUGUUUUGAUCGCUAUAUAAAUGUUCUAGACUUGUUCUAGACUUUAAGCUUGGCUUUGAAUUGUUCGUUUGUGAUAUAUGCAAUUAGAGGCGUUUUAGCACUGUGCAUUGUAAAGGGAUGACGCACUGUAAUUAGUUACUGUCAUUGUAAUUCUCUAACUCUAAUACUGUUUAGUCUAUAACCAUGCCCAUGUACCCAGAGUAUGACUACUUGCAAUGCUAUUGAGAAUAGAACACAUGUAAAGUAGUAAGCUGUACAAUGGUGCGAUACAGUACGUAUACUGUACACGUACAGUACAUAUAAUGGGUGUAAUAUACCGAUAUAAGUGGAUGGUAUAGAUAGACAUACAGCUUAGGAUUAAAGUAAUAGUCGAAUCGUGAUGUGCAAAUGUGAUUGUCAAAGACAAGGAUGGUUUAUCAGCAGUAGAAUUGGGUUUAAGAGAACGGGUUAAUGAAUAACCGUACGUGUAAACAUGGUUAAUGGCGGCUCGGGAGCAAGGCUGGUUGUAACACACGUGUUGUUGCAUUUUACAGAGUGACGGUGCUGUUCUUCACAAGAUUAAUAUUAACCACAAUAAAUGAAUGUGCUUGCCCUCGAUUUGGAGCACCUGCCCACGUCCUUCAUUUCGAGUGUGUAACACAAACUUAACCAAACAUAGCUCAACUCAACCCAACCCAAUUACGUUCUAUCCAACCCUACUUAACUCCAUUCAACUCAACCCAACCCAGCUCAACCCAAACCAAGCUCAACCAAACCUAACUCCACUCAACUCAAGCCAACAGAUCUCAACCCGAACUCAACUCCAAUCAACUCAACUCAACGCCAGCCAAACUCAACCCAAACUUAAUCCACUCAACUUCAGCCCAACUCAACCCAACCCAGCAACUCAACUCCAUUCAACGCCAACCAAACUCAACCCAACGACUGCUCAACAACUCCGCCGCCAACUCAACUCAAGUCACCCCUCAACUCAACUCAAUCCACGCCAA